ACUACCAAGGUGCUUCAGAAGUGUAUCAGUGCAAUUAAUUGGUAUUUGGUAAUUAAUGCGUAGGCAAGCGGGUGCGUAGGUACAUAGAACAUGGUAGGUAUAAAGAUAUUAGAUAAACUAUAAACAAAAUAACAAUUCACUAGGUAAUUAUUAUUAUAAGUCAAUCUCAGUCGCGUUACUUUUUCCUUAUACUCAUUUGCCGGCUUUUCGGUAUUCAGUAUUUCAGUAUUUAUUAUUUACUGUUUACCAAUUUCUAUUUUCAUUUUGUUUAAACUUUAAAUGUUGAAGUUGAACCUGAAAAUUCAAAGUAGCCGUUUCCGCUGUAUUUAAUAUUACUAUAAGGCACGAAUUUAUAUAAUGGGUGAAGACAAAGAAAGAGAACGUGACAGGGACCGAGGAGAACGUGAGAAAGAACGUGGUGAAAGAAGGCGACGUUCACGAUCUAGAGACCGUGAACGUCAUCGCAGACAUCGAUCAAGAAGUCGUGACGGUCGUAAACGUAGUAGAUCUAAGUCGCCUAAAAAUAAGUCUAGACGUAGAAAGCCAUCACUCUAUUGGGAUGUUCCGCCACCAGGUUUUGAACAUAUUGCACCUCUUCAAUAUAAAGCCAUGCAAGCUGCUGGACAAAUUCCUGCAAAUACAAUGCCAGAUACCCCACAAACAGCUGUCCCAGUGGUUGGAUCUACUAUCACACGCCAAGCAAGACGAUUGUAUGUUGGAAACAUACCAUUUGGUGUUACUGAGGAUGAAAUGAUGGAAUUCUUUAAUCAGCAGAUGCAUUUGUCUGGAUUAGCUCAAGCUGCUGGCAAUCCCGUGCUUGCGUGUCAAAUUAAUUUAGAUAAAAAUUUUGCCUUUUUGGAGUUUAGGUCUAUUGAUGAAACUACUCAAGCGAUGGCUUUUGAUGGUAUUAAUUUCAAAGGACAGAGCUUAAAAAUAAGACGUCCACAUGAUUAUCAACCAACACCUGGAAUGACGGAAAGUAAUCCGGUGACAAACUAUAAUUCUGGAAUGACAUUAGACAUGAUGAAAUAUGAUUCCAGUUCAUUUGGUCUUGGAACAGUUCCAGAUUCACCACACAAAAUAUUUAUUGGAGGAUUACCAGCAUAUCUUAAUGAUGAACAGGUGAAAGAGCUACUUACAUCGUUUGGUCAGUUAAAAGCAUUCAAUUUGGUCAAGGAUGCUGCUACUGGUUUGAGUAAAGGUUAUGCAUUUUGUGAGUAUGCCGAUGUUGUGAUGACUGAUCAGGCCAUUGCUGGUUUGAAUGGUAUGCAAUUAGGAGAAAAAAAAUUAAUUGUGCAAAGGGCCAGUAUUGGAGCUAAAAAUCCUGGACUUGGGCAAGCACCUGUUACGAUUCAAGUCCCUGGACUUACAGUUGUUGGAACUGCUGGACCUCCAACUGAGGUUUUAUGUUUAUUGAAUAUGGUAACUCCUGAUGAACUUAAAGAUGAAGAAGAAUAUGAAGAUAUUCUAGAAGAUAUUCGCGAAGAGUGUAAUAAAUAUGGAGUUGUUCGGUCACUAGAAAUUCCACGACCUAUUGAAGGAAUUGAUGUGCCUGGAUGUGGAAAAGUGUUUAUAGAAUUUAAUGCAAUUCCUGACUGUCAGAAAGCACAACAAGCUUUGGCUGGCAGAAAGUUCAACAACAGAGUUGUCGUUACUUCUUUCAUGGAACCAGACAAAUAUCAUAGACGAGAAUUUUAAUUACCUACAAUACAUUUUACCAAUACUGAAAUUAUUUGAAUUUUUAUUUUAUAGAACAUCAUCAAUAAUGAAUUAUGACUUAAACUAGUUACAUUAAUAGCUCAUCUUAUUCUGAUAUAUAUUCAAAAAUAAUUUGAUUGAAAUUGUUUUAUUUACUGAGUUAGAUAUAAAAAUGUACUGGUCCAAAAUAGAUAAUAAAUAAAAAUAUUAUUGCAAUA